AUGCGCUUUUUCGGCUUUUCCAAGGGCAGCGCCGCGCCUUGGGUCGCCGCUGGAGAGACUGUCGAUCUUUGCGUCAACAACCGAGGCGACGACAGCGUCGCGAACCUGCCUCUCUCACCGCGUCCAACUUCGACCCUCACCACAGAACUACCUGACCCCACCUCCACCACCUCUCCCUCCAACCACUCUGCGCCAGCGCAGAUACCCACACCAGCUGACCAAGACCCCACCGCGAUCGCUGCUGCGAUGCUGUCCACCAUGGCAGCUCCGACGACAGUGCUCACCGAGUCCCUGCCCGCAGAACAAGCUCCUAAUGGCUUCGAUGAUGUUGCCGACAACGGCUCCAGCAGCUUGAGCGAGCUCGGAGACGCAUCGGACGAUCAGUCAGAGUCAACACCACGGCCAGCCGCAGUAGCCGAUAUGGACGAGGAUGAUUCAGAGGCCGAGACCGAGCGACUGGACAACACGCCUCGAAAGUUCGCGCGCACAGCGACCGAGACGUCAUUACUCUCUGAGCCCAUCCACACAAGAACACCGAGCAAGCUCGCGCACUCCAAGACCAUCGAGCACGACGAAUCUGCCCCACCCACACCAUCUGCGAUUACAGACGAUGUCGCCAUGGGCGAAGCACCUACAACUGAAAACCCUCUGCAUUCUCUUUCGCUGAUCGCAGCAUCAGAGGCGGCAAAUCUCGAACACGUGGGCAUGAAAAGAAAGCGUAGCAGUGCCGAGGGAAGCCCAGUGGACGAGCGCGAAGAGGAACCAUUACGGAAACGAAGCGUAAACGCGAAGGGUUCGGCGCUCGAUGGCCUGGCUGAUGCCGCAGCAGACAGGCAGGGGCAGAUGGACGCAGACGAAGAGCUCGAGAACGCCGAAGAGCACCUGUCGGCACUGGCUCGCGAGGAGCUAGAGCUCGAGGAGCGACAAGCCAACAUCGCCGCGCAGACUGUCAGCGAAAUGGCCACCGUCGCGAAGCACACAAAACCAAGAAAAGGUGGCAGAAGAGGGAAACGGAAGACGGAAGACGCUAGCUAUGCCUACGCCGAGCCGUUUGCAGCUGCUGAAGCCCACGAGGCUGAAGCUGAGGGCGAGCACGACGAUGAAGACAGCGCUGUACUCGAUGAGGAGGUUACCAAGAAGAAGCAGGCGAUCGAUGAGCUUGCAAAGAUUGAGAAGAAGUUCAAGCUUUUCCGAGAGAAGCUAUGCGACGAGCAAAUAGCGCAACUCGAACGAGAGCUCGACAUGCUCAAGCAGCCAAAUUGUGUCCACCCAGAGUACGUUGCUAUGAUCAAAUGCGUGGACGAUCGACGCGCCGACAAGAUCGCAUACGAGACGAGGCUUUUAGAAUACAAACAGAAAAAUCUCGAGAUAAUCACAGCAGCAGAGCGUCAUCAGAUGCACAGCCAGUACUUCCAGACUGUGCGCCACAUCCGCGAGGACAUUCUCGAAGAGUGCAACCAGCGGGUUUUCGAACUACAACGCGGACGACGUCAGCUUGGCUGCGAUGACACUGAGUACAUGGCACGAUUACCUGAGAAGCGAUCCGACCAGAUCCGACACCAAACAGCAUACAACCUCGAGGUCUCCAUUCUCUCAGGUGUCGCCAAGUACGUUGGGUUCCCAGCCGCCCCAGAUAUCAGCGCUGCGCGACCAACCGAGAUCGACGAGGAUCUUCGAGCAAUGAAGAUUGCAACGCGUGCUCCAGUGCCGCCCCCAUCGUUCCGCACCUACAACAGAACGACAACAGCGGACGAGGCAGCUGCAGAAGAACAAUUCUUAGAAAGCACGCCAUGGGCCAACCCACGACAUCCUUCACAUCAAGAGAGUCGGUACCCUCCAGGGCCGUCACGAGUACCUAGCUACCAGACACCAGCUGGUCAGCGUCGAAUGGUCGACCUCUCAGCUCCCAACGGAUCUGCCUCCACCAUCGAAGCGAACUCCAAUCCUCCGUCGUCGAAUGCUCACAACGCCAACGGUCUGCUAGGCGAAGCAGAAUCACCGGUCCUACACAUGAAACGCGCACCGGUCGACCACAUCACAUACGCCGAGACACCUGGCUCAGAUCCUCGCAACAACAUGGGUGUUCUCAGUAGGGAAACGUACGGGAUGAUGUCGAGUCCCGCGGCACAGCACAUGGAGAUACCCCACGAGCAGGUCGGGCCACGCUGGGUUGGCAGCAUGCGACCCAUGAACGCAGAGCCAAACACCGCGCCAGGACCACCAGGUGCAGCCCGACCAGAUGCGGCGCGAGCACCUCUCCCACAACGCAGUGGUCUCGGCACGAUCAGCGUUGGCAGCGGCUUAUUCGGACGGUGA